CUACCGCCUCAUAGCACACACAACCCAUUGUCGAAGGUCCCCCAGUCUAGUCAAGCUCGCGUCAUAGCAAAACCCCCCACUCGGACAGCAGCUUGUGAACUUUAAUGCAGCUAAAGGACCCCGAACAUUUCUCACUCGAAGCCACAUGGUAGUUUAAACUGGACAAAGCUCCCUGGCUCCAUGUCACCACUGCCAUAUCCUCUCCUACCACAUAAUAUAUAGAUGUGUAUGUUGCGACCUAGAAGCUCUUGGUAGCUUGUAGCAAUCUGAGUGAGUUCUCAAUGUUAGAGUCCGUCUACGGAACCUACUGAAGCUUGUGUAGUUGAAACCACCAGUGUCUGCUCCAGACAUGGCGAGUGUUGGAGCUUCCAGUGUAUGGCACUGUAUCCUGCUGUUGGCGAUGGUGGUCUUGACCGGAGAAGGCGCGCGUGCUAAGCGGAUUCUGCACACCGAGGCUCCUAGCCCAUCGCAGGGAGUGUGUUCUAAUCCACCCACUGUCUCCAACGUCAGCCUGGAGGCCUACUCGGGCGUCUGGUAUGAGAUUGGAAGCACCGCACUUGUGAAGGCAAGAAUCGAGCGCGACUUGAUUUGCGCAACCGCGCGGUACUCGGUGAUCCCAGACGGCGACCUCGCUGGCUCUAUCCGGGUGCGUAACGAAGGAUACAACAUCAGAACUGGUGAGUUCGCGCAUGCUAUCGGGACUGCCACGGUUGUCAGCCCUGGCCGACUGGAGGUGAAAUUCUUCCCCGGUGCCCCUGGAGGUGACUACCGCAUUAUUUACUUGUCAGGUAAAGCUGAGGAUAAGUACAAUGUAGCGAUUGUGUAUAGUUGCGAUGAGAGUGUUCCAGGCGGAUCCCAGUCGCUGUUUAUCCUGUCCCGCGAGCCGGAGCUUGACGACGAGGACGAUGACGACGACGACUAUGACGAUGACGAUGAAACCCUGUCAAGGCUUUUGAAUUUUGUGCGCGACCUAGGCAUAGUUUUUGAGCCAAAUAAUGAGUUCAUCUUAACUCCUCAAGACCCCAUUACAUGCGGACGAAAUGGAUAUGAUGAUUAAUCAACAAGCAGCUAGGGUGACGUGCGUGUCAUUGUGAGAAAAAGGUGCUUAGACUAUCGUCAAAACCUGUUGCGAAAAAAAACUCUUGGCAAUGCAGAUGCCCUGGGGCAUGGAUGUAAAAAUUCAAUGUCCUGUAUGUAUUGUCCAUCUUCAAUAAAACACACUGUAAGUUUUGACAA